CUCCCCCACCCCCCACACCAUAGAAUCACGGCAUGAAUGAAAAGAACAAUAUAAGUAGUGUUCACAGUAAAUAUACUUCCUGAUUAGGAUCCUUGGGAUGGUACGAACCAAUGAAGGCUGGGGAUAACUGAUGAUAUAAUUAGCUUUAAAUCGUUGUUAAUGGCUAGCGCAGAUGCAUUCACUCUUUGCGAUGGUUUGUUAUAUCAUUCAAUUAAACUCUAUUGUUGUUCCAUAUUCAUACUAUUCUGUUUCCUUUACUCACACUUCUGUUUAUUAUCUGUCUUUUGACGGAUCUCUUUCAACGCUCUUGUCUUGCUUGGUGUACUGCAUGGAGGGGGAGAUUGGCAACUGGAAGUGGUGCACAUCUGUGAAAAGUUUUAUGUUGAAAGUAGAGGAACAUAGGGCUUCAGCCGCGCGUCUGCAUUACGUUCGGUUCUCUGCUAGAGUUUUCACCUGGCUCCAUGUCUACCCACAUGCUUUCAUCUCUUCCUCUUCACAUGACCUCCUCCAAGUCACCCUUACACUGACAACCAGCUCGCCGCUUCCCUUUCGGUCAGGUUCCCCUCGAGCAAUGGCUUGUCUAGUGAUGUCGCUUGAUGAUUUGUUUUCUCAGAGUAUGGCCGAUCCAUCUCCAUUUCUUCCUGCCUAUUUGUUUCACAAUCGGUUCCUGGUUGGUUCGCUCUCAGAGAUCACUGUUGCUGAUGUUUUCUGGUCGGCCAUCUGAUCUUACGUGGAGUUCUAGUGAGAAGUCGUGACCAGUAUGGUGCAGGAGGUUGGGUGUGAGGACAAAUACUCGCCGAAGAUAUUGGCUAGUGGUUGUGUUGUAUCGUGAAUUGGCAGAAGUUAGAAUUCAUGGGCUGGCCAUUGGAUCGGGUCCCAGUGGCUUAAUGGUCUACGAGCUCACUAGCCUUGUAACCAGAAGGUCUUGGGUUAGAACACUGUCGGUGGUGGGUGCGUACUUCUGAAAAGUUCCAAACUAGAACGAAGCAGCUGUCCAAUACUCCCAGAUUUUCUAAUGGUUCUCUAACCAAUGUCAGUUCAUGAUGAAUUCCUGUAACAAAUGAGAACUUUGCUAUCGUUUUUAUUUUCAUCCUCUUGGUCUGUGCGUUCGAUACUCGCAUACACGCACACACAAAACGCCUACAUGAUGUUUUUCUGUAUCUUUCAUCUUAUCAGUUUUAUCGGAAAUUAAUUACAUAUUGUUGUUAUUGUUGUUGAUGUUUUUAAAGCUUCACCAUGUGUUACGUGGACAAUUAUUAUGACAAUAAUAAUAAUAAUAGUAAUAAUAUUAAUAUAAUUAUUAUAGU